UUUUACUACUGCGAGCCAGCAAUGUAUAACUCGUAGCAUCCUCCUUGCUGCGGAGUGAAUGCCUCUGACUUAUUCCCGUGUUGGCUGCCAGUGAGGAGACACGUAACCAUGGGGCUGGAGAAGCGAACCAUCAAGAUCAUAGUGGCUGUAGUCGUGCUGGUGCUUAUACUCAGUCUCGUCGGACUUCUACUUGGGCUGUUGUUACCGCAGCGUUAUGUUGAACUGGAGGUGUGGCCUCGGUCUGAGGAGUAUAACUGGGAUCAGCCCCUGAUCCAGGUCAGAGGCAACGACCCCGGCAGCUGGCAUGGCUGGUACCGACGCAUCAAUGAAUUCCUUAAGGUGUACGAGACCUCGAUUCCCGAGGAUCCACCUCGCGCACCAUGCUCCGUCCACAACCGGCGCGACCAGCACCUGCGCUCGGACCCCUGCGACAUGGCCAUGAGAAGGUGGUCGCCCUGCACUGCGGAUGAGUUCUACGGCUAUGCCAAGGGGAAGCCAUGCAUCUUCCUGAGGCUGGCUAAUAUUCACUACUGGGUUCCCGAGCCAUACAACAUGACAUCACCUCUGCCCAUCCCUCCGGAAAUGCCUCAGCAUAUUAGGGAGGCUAUGCGUCACCGGCCCGCGCACCAAUACGGUGACUUCGUGUGGGUGUCCUGCGGCGGCGAGUUCAGCGCUGACAAGGAGAACAUCGGCCCCAUCCAGUACAUCCCCGCGGACUACCCCCCUGGCUUCCCGCUCUCCAGGCUGCACACUGCCGACCGCAUCGCCUACUCAGCCAGGAACAUGCCCGACCAGGUGCCGGGACCACUGAUUGCCGUGCACUUUGAGAAUCCUCGACGUGGCGUUGUGAUUAACGUGGAGUGUCGCAUCUGGACUCGCGACAUCUUCUACGACCCGAAGAGCCGCAUCGGCCGCGCUCGCUUCGAGUUACACGUCGAAUAACUUGCCAACACUCUUGAGUUUUAAAAAGUUAAUUACAUCCAAACUUGCCUUGUCAUUAUGUUAAUUUUUAAUUUUUUAUGCACGUGCAUGAAAAGAGUAUUUGACAGUUUGCACUCAUUUAAAUUGUAGCAAGCGUGAUGGAAACUAUAUUUUUGUUAGGUAUUGGUAAAUAUCAACUUUUAAAUUUUAACAGUAUUGCCAAAUGAAAAUAAAUUUCCAAUUUAGUAGAUUUAAGUGUUAUUAAUACCUACUUAAUUUAUUGACAUCGAAUUAGAAAAAGGUAAAAAAAUACAUACAUACUUCUUUUUAAUUAUUAAUUCUUA